UAUGAGGAAUAUAACCUCUCUAAAUUUUGACAGUCCCACGUGAAACGCCGGGAUAGUCGUUUGCAAAUUUCGUUCUGCUGGAACAGUAAUUUUUGUUGACUCUUUCUGUUACUAGUGUUCAGUAUAGAUGCCUCGUUCUAAAUUUUAUUUUUAAUAAUUAUUAUCGUUAUUCUCUGUCUUCGUAAAAAAGUAAAUAAAUCUAUUAUGUAAAUGUUUAAUGUUUAUAUGGUAAAAUCUGAAAAUUGUGUCGAGGUUAUAUAAAAAUCACAUUUUAUCAAACAAAACCAAUUUGUACAAUAUAGCUUAUUAAGUAGAUCAGUUAUUUAUUGACAAGAAUUUAUCAAAGAAAAAGAUAAUAUAGUAAAACAAUGAAAUUUUUCACUGACUCUGUAGCACGUUGUGCUGCACGGAUUGGUACAUUAAGUGGAUUUGAAAGAUUACCAAAUAUUUCUUUCGAAACACCUUUACUUCUUAUUUAUACAAAGAGUGGCAGCAUACCACAUUUAACAAAGGAUGUCUUUAAAACUGUAACAAAGGAGGAACAAUUACUAUCUGUCUCACUUUCAUCAACAAUAUUAAUGUCAGAUGUUAUUAAAGAACUGGACACUUCUUUUGUGGAUUUUGUUAGUAUGAAGGAAUAUAUAAAUUUUUUAUCAAUACAUGAUCCUGCACAUACCACCAACUCUGGCUUUCAGCAAUUAAAUUCUAUUUCUGUCUGGUCCAGAACAGGAAGAGUUGUUGUUACAGCAAAUAAAUAUAUGGAAUUUGUGCAAGCUUAUAAACCAGAUCUAUAUGUUGCUUUAUGCGAUGGAGAUACAAAUAUUAAUAGCAGCGCAAAACGAAUAUCAAAGGCAGUGCUUCGAAGUAAAACUUUAUUAGAACAAUGUUUAGAUAUUCAUCUGCGCUCGGAUACUCUGAAAUCGAAAGGAAUACUAGGACCCGUGGAGGGUGGUUAUAACUUGCAAGCUAGAAAGGAAUCUAUAGAUUAUCUGAAAGAUAAGCCUUUGGCAGGAUUUGUAAUAGAUGGAUUACAUAAUAAUGGACCAAGUGUACAGAAUAUUUCAUCAGAGCAAAUUAAACAAGUAGUACAACAUACUAUUAAUUUGCUACCUACUGAUAAAAUUAGAGUAUCAAUGGGCUGUUGGAAUGCUGUUACUGUACUAGAUCUCAUUGAAUUAGGAGUAGAUGUAUUUGACUCGUCCUAUCCUUAUGUAAUUACCGAACAAUCACAGGCUUUGACUUUUAUGUGUGAUCAUGACGUUUGUGAAAAUAAUCAAUAUGCAAUAUCAAUAGCGGAAAAGAGAUAUGCAGACGAUUUUUCCCCUAUUUGUAAACAAUGCAAAUGUCUUGCGUGUCAAAAUCAUACAAGAGCAUACAUCCAUCAUUUGCAUCAUACCAAGGAAAUGCUUGCUUCAGUACUUUUAAUGAUACACAACAUUCAUCAUUACCUUCAAUUCUUCAGUGUCAUUCGCACUAAUAUAAAAAAUGGGACAUUUAAUCAAUUUCAGACGAAAAUUCGUUUAAAAUAUGCAUCUACCAACUGAAUCUACCACUGUAUGAACAUUGUUUUUAAUAAAUUAUUUUUUAUCUUAUAAA